AUCAAUAAAAAGAUUAAAUCUUGAUUGCACGACUAUAAACCCGGUAUCUAGCCUUCUGGCGUUUAGUGUCUUUGCACUAUAGCUUAGUACUACCUUUGCUUACACCAGACACAAAAUGGCCCAGACCAUGCGUAUUCAGCGCACCACCGGCACCGCCACCGGCCGCAAGGCCGCGGUUGCCAACGUUAGCCGUGCUGUGGCUCGCCCUUUCACUGCUCAACGCCCUGUGACCGUGGCUGCUCGCGCUAGCAACGUCAGCAAGAUUAGCCGCAAGAACAUCGUCGUCCAGGCCGCUGCGGCCACUCAGUCCGCUCCCUCUGCGCAAACCACCCAGACCAAGGAGUGGUCGGCCAUCGUUUGCAGCUGCGAUUUCUUCUUUGGGGAUACCCACAACGACAACAUUGCUGAGCAGCUGAGGGAGCGCGUGCGCUUCUACAAGGAGACCAACCGCGACUGCGAUAUCUUCAUCGUGCCCGAGCCGACCUGGCUCAGCAAGUUCCCGGAGGUGGCCAAGAAGGUUAACCGGCCUUCCGUCGCUCUCGUUUCAACCGACAAGCAGUGGAUCACGUUCAUGAAGCUGCGCAUCGACCGCUGCCUCAAGGUUGAGCUGAAGGGCAUGUCUGACGCCGAGGUCCUGGCCGUCGGCGGCACCGUUCCCGAGUACAAGCCCCCGGCUAACUGGACUGCCCCCUACGUGCGGUACACUCCCAACUGGUGGAAGGUCUUCCUGCCGCAGAACACCGCCAAGGUCACCUCCGUUGACUAUUAAGGGCAUGUCUCGGCAGGUACCGCUGCUCCCAUAGCAGUGGUGUAGGCAGCAUGAUGGCUUGUACGAUGUGCAUGGGUGUAUUCAAAAGGAAUGGGCGUGUUAGGAGGAUGGAUGGGGGCUUGGGGAUAGGGAUCGGCACUGCAGCAGUGCUUAAUCCGACUCAAGGGUAGCAGCGGGUAGAUAACUUGAAGGAUGCAAGCCGGAUUACGUGCGCAGGGCCUUUCUCGUUCCAGGGGGGGAUUGCUUGGUGCCGAUUCCAAUCCGCGUCCGAUAUGCAGGUGUUUUUCACAGGCGGUGAGGCUCGUAGGCGGCGAGAGAGCAAGGGCCAAGCCACACCCCCUCGCUCUUCUUGACACUUAUCUUGCAUGUGUAAACCGUGUUUUUUUGUAUUUGCACUGCGAUAGCAGGCCGGCGCGGGGCCUUGCUUUGGUAUUGAAAUGGUGGUGUGUGAGCCUUGUGUGUUUGGCAUCCAUUUCGAUGUCUUAUGACGAAAGACGUUUCUCCCCUGACUUGUCUCACAUAACAACCCAGGCAGAUCUUAGGAUGUGUGUUAACGCCACCGCUGGUGCGUGACCAUUUUUGUUAGGACUUAUGAUGAUGUUUGGCAUGUACGGACCAUGCUUAUGGGCAACCCGAACAUUUGGGUUUUGCAAGCUUGUGCAAAUUCUUUGGUGGGCUACACUAUGUAAAAUCCCGAGAUAUGCUUCCUCAGCUUGAUUCCCUGGUAAUGAAAUGACUGUCUAUAG